AUGUCGGAGCGAGGAGGGCUCCCGAGGACUGGGGGCGUCCCUUCCCCGCAUAUGCAGCCCUCCAAGCCGGUCAGCAUCUCCUCCCGGCCCGUUCACAUGAACCUGUUCGCCACUUGGGAGGUAGAUCGAUCCUCGCCCAGCUGUGUGCCCAGACUCUUCAACCUGACUCUGAAGAAGUUGAUCAUGUUGAAGGAGCUGGACAAAGACCUGACGUCGGUAGUUAUCGCCGUGAAACUACAGGGCUCUAAAAGAAUCCUUCGCUCAAAUGAGAUCUUGUUGUCGUCGGCUGGACUCACAGAAACUGAUCUGCAGCUCACUUUCUCACUGCAGUAUCCACAUUUCCUGAAAAGAGACGCCAACAAACUGCAGAUAAUGCUUCAGAGACGGAAACGAUACAAAAACCGGACGAUCCUCGGGUACAAGACUCUAGCGUUGGGGCUCAUCAACAUGGCAGAGGUGAUGCAGCACCCCAGUGAAGGUGCACAGAUCCUGGGACUGCACAGUCAGCUCAAAGACGCCUCUGUCCCAGUGGCCGAGAUCCGAGUGUAUUCUUUGUCCAGUCAGCCCAUCGACCACGAGGGGCCCAAAGCCAAGAUGUCAGAUCGUUCCCCUGACAUCGACAACUACUCGGAGGAAGAAGAGGAGAGCUACUCGUCGGAGCAGGAGGGCAGCGACGACCCCAUCCACGGACAAUAUCUUUUUGAUGAAGAUGAGGACGUGAGGAAGAAGAAAACAACUCGACGCAAAACUUCAAAUGUUCCAAUCUCCAGACAACCCAAAAUCAAAGAGAAGUUUGUGGCCCUGCUCAAACGCUUUAAAGUCACAGAUGAGGUGGGCUUUGGUUUGGAGCAUGUGUCCCGGGAGCAGAUCCAGGAGGUGGAGGAGGAUCUGGACGAACUUUACGACAGCUUGGAAAUGUACAACCCCAGCGACAGUGGACCAGAGAUGGAGGAGAACGAUAGCAUCAUGAGCACGCCCAAACCCAAGCUAAGGCCGUUCUUCGAGGGGAUGUCCCAGUCCAGCUCGCAGACGGAGAUCGGCAGCUUGAACAGCAAAGGCAGUCUGGGCCGGGACGCACUGAGCCCUCAGGGGGAGCCGCCACCUGUAGAGAAAAUGAAAACUUCAAGAAGUCGAAACUUGGAGGAGGCUUUGUCCGAGACUGAUACUUUGGAGUUGACGGAUCAGGAGAUGUACGCAGAGGUUGGCCCCUGCAUCACUGUGUCUGUGGCAGAGAAACCCUGUAACACUCCCAUGAAGACCAACAAGAACGACAAACAGAGCUCGCCCAGGAUGGAUGGAGGUCACACGCCCAAACAGAAGCGCAGCGGCUCCACUCCCCUGAAGGAGAGGCAGCUUUCCAAACCACCGAGCGAGCGAGCCAACAGUUCUGACUCCGAGAGGUCCCCAGAGCUGGGACACAGCACGCCUGUCCUGAGGAAAGCUAUGUACGAUCAACUCAACCAAAUACUGGUGACGGACUCUGCGCUUCCCGAAAGUCUCAUUCUAGUGAACUGCACCGACUGGCAAGGACAGUAUGUGACGGAGCAGCUCCAAACGCAUCGGCAGCCGGUGGUCAGCACGUGUUCCUCUGCAGAGAUCCAGGCCGUGCUGUCGGCAGUGCUCACCAGAAUACAGAAAUUCUGUAACUGCAACUCUUCCAUGCCCAAAGCCGUGAAGGUCGCCGUAGUGGGCAGUCAGAAUUACCUCGGCGCCAUUUUGCAGUUUUUUGUCACCCAACUGGCAAACAAGACGUCCGAUUGGCUCAACCACAUGCGCUUCCUGGUCGUGCCUCUAGGGUCACAUCCGAUCGCGAAGCAUCUCGGAGUUCUGGACAACCGCUACAGCUCGGCGUUCCUGGACGGACCCUGGAGAGACGUGUUCAGCCGCACGGAGCCGCCGCAGAACGACCAGUUGGACGUCGCGGGGAGAAUAGCUCAGUACAUCAGCGGAGCCACCGUGACGCAUCAGUUGCCGAUCGCUGAGGCCAUGCUGACCUGCAAACACCGGACACGAGAAGAAGACUCCUACCACAAGUUUAUUCCUUUCAUUGGGGUGGUGAAAGUUGGACUGAUCGAAUCGGGAUCGUCGCCAACGGGAGACACAGAGGAGGGAGUCGCCGUGAGUUUGGCUGUUCCGUCCACAUCCCCCCCGUCGCACGGCUCUCCCACCGGGAUGAUCAAAGAGGCAGCCACGCCCCCCUCCUCUCCCUCUAUGGGCAGCGCGCUCACGGUGCAGGGCAGCCCGAGCAUGUCUCACAGCGUGGAUGCCAUCGGGCUCCAGGUGGACUACUGGCUGGCGUCUUUGGCCGAGAAGCGUAAAGAGGGCGAGCGCAGGGACACGGGCUGCAAAAACACGCUGAAGAGUGAUUUCCGAUCACUGCAGGUCAGCCGGCUCCCAGGAGGGGGCAGCACAGACACACAGACACAGGUCAGCACCAUGGCCAUGACGGUGGUGACCAAGGAGAAGAACAAGAAAGUUCCCACCAUCUUUCUGGGUAAGAAGCCAAAGGAAAAGGACGUGGAUUCCAAAAGUCAGGUCAUCGAGGGCAUCAGUCGCCUCAUCUGCUCUGCCAAACAGCAACAGACCAUCCUAAAAGUGUCUAUAGACGGCAUGGAGUGGAACGAAGUCAAGUUCUUCCAGCUGGCGGCGCAGUGGCCGACCCAUGUCAAAUAUUUACCGGUGGGACUUUUCGGCUACAGCAAACCGUCCUUGUAG